GGGCCUUGCACAACCAGCCCGAAAGAGGAAGCCCAGAAAGGGCUGUAGUCAACACUUCAGAAGGCCGUUGCAAAGUAAACCGGCUUCUGAGGCUUUUGUGGAACCAUCAUCCGGCUCCCGAUCCUUUAGCCACUGGUAUUUCCAGGAGACAACAAAGGGGACGCUCCCGAGGGAAGAGUGCGCACGGCGCAGGCACCCUUCUGGCACCCCGAUGCGGAGCGGCCCGCCGAGCGCCACACCUCUGUGUACCGCGUGGGGAGGGCCCAGCUGACACCACUUCCUCCCCUAAGCUGCCGAUUCGAGCCCGGGCGCAGCCGAGUGCACCCCGCGCCUUCCCGGCCGCCGCCCCAACACUGACCCGCGCCCACAAGUCCCCGCCGAGGCCCCGCGCGUCUCCGAACAACCGUCGAGAUGGGUGAGUCAAACGAAGAUAUAGACCAAAUGUUCAGCAAUUUGCUGGGAGAGAUGGAUCUUCUGACCCAGAGUUUAGGAGUCGACACUCUCCCUCCUCCGGAACCUAAGCCGCCCAGAACUGAAUUUAACUAUAGUGUGGGUUUUAAGGAUUUAAAUGAGUCCUUAAACGCACUUGAAGACCAGGAUUUAGACGCUCUCAUGGCGGAUCUGGUAGCAGACAUAAGUGAGGCUGAGCAGAGGACAGUCCAGGCCCAGAAAGAGGCCUCUUUGAACCGGCCUCCUUCGGCAUCUCUGGAAGUUCCAGGUUUCAGUGGUGCAGCUUCUCUUGGUUACGGAGCAAAUGUUGCUGCAACAAGUAUUGGCCAAUGUGAGGAUGACUUACCACCUCCACCGGCUGACCCCAUGCUAGACCUUCCUCUGCCACCACCUCCUCCUGAACCUCUCUCCCAGGAAGAAGCAGAAGCUCAAGCCAAGGCUGAUAAAAUUAAGCUGGCAUUGGAAAAACUGAAGGAGGCCAAGGUCAAGAAGCUCGUUGUCAAGGUGCACAUGGAUGAUAACAGCACGAAGUCACUGAUGGUGGAUGAGCGGCAGUUGGCCCGAGAUGUUCUAGACAACCUUUUUGAGAAAACCCACUGUGACUGCAACGUGGACUGGUGUCUUUAUGAAAUAUAUCCAGAACUGCAGAUUGAAAGGUUUUUUGAAGAUCAUGAAAAUGUCAUCGAAGUCUUAUCAGACUGGACAAGAGACACAGAAAAUAAAGUGCUGUUUUUGGAGAAAGAGGAAAAAUACGCUGUAUUUAAAAACCCCCAGAAUUUUUACUUGGGUAACAAAGGAAAAAAAGAAAACAAGGAAACAAAUGAGAAAAUGAAUGCAAAGAACAAGGAAUCCUUACUUGAGGAAAGUUUCUGUGGAACAUCCAUCAUUGUGCCAGAACUCGAGGGAGCCCUUUAUCUGAAAGAAGAUGGGAAGAAAUCCUGGAAGAGGCGCUAUUUCCUUUUACGAGCUUCUGGAAUUUAUUAUGUCCCCAAAGGAAAGACUAAGACAUCUCGAGAUCUGGCAUGUUUCAUACAGUUUGAAAAUGUCAACAUUUACUAUGGGAUUCAGUGUAAAAUGAAAUAUAAAGCACCCACUGACUACUGCUUUGUUUUAAAGCAUCCCCAGAUUCAGAAGGAGUCCCAGUAUAUCAAGUAUCUGUGCUGUGAUGAUGCGAGAACACUGAGUCAGUGGGUCACGGGGAUACGGAUCGCCAAGUAUGGAAAGACGCUGUAUGAUAACUACCAGCGCGCCAUGGCAAGGGCGGGGCUCGCCAGUCGGUGGACAAACCUGGGCACUGCCAACGCAGCCCCGCAAGCCCCGCCAGCCCCGCCUUCUACAGGCACCACUCAGGCCAAUGGUCAGAUUCCCCAGGCGGCACAUUCUAUGAGUACAGUUCUCGGAGAAGCACAGAGACACAUUGAACCACCCAAGGACCAGAAGCCAGCCCUGGGAGCGCCCAGGGCCCAGCCCCUCCCGAAGUCCAGCCUGCCUCCACCCGCUCCUGUGCGAGGGUCUUCAGAUGUCAGCGGCAGCCCGGGGAUGCCCCCCAAGGCCAAGGGCACGGCCGCCGGCUUCUCCGCCCUGCCCAACGACCUCCUGCCACCGCCGCCGCCGCCACCGCCACCCUUGGAGGACGACGAGCUCCCUCCACCGCCCCCCGAUUUUGACGCGCCCCCGGACUUCGUGCCUCCCCCACCGCCCUCUUUUGUGGGCGAUGCGGGGUACCCGUUACCGCCGCCGCCGCCUCCCCCACCCGCCUUCACCCCGGAGUCUGCCGAGAAGCCCCCGAUGGUCGUCAAAAGGCCUCCAGUUCCCCCAAAGAGGCAGGAGAACCCAGGACCACCCAGCGGGGGAGGCGGGGAGCAAGAUUUCAUGUCGGAUCUCAUGAAAGCUUUGCAGAAAAAGAGAGGCAACAUGUCGUAAGGAGAACUUAUAAAUAUUUUUGGAUGAUGGAUAUAAUCAUUGCUAACCUCAACUGCAUGUUUGUUACUUUGUUUUCAUGACAUUUUGUCCAUUCUUAGAUACAAUAUUGAAGUAUUCUGACUAGAAGUACUGCAAAAAUCUCCCUGUUGCUCAAGUACACCUGUAAUCCUUAAUCUAACAUGGAAUUUAGAAUAUCUACCUAAAUGGACCUACCUUUCCUAUGUAUUUCCACUUCGAUGGAUUUUCCCUUCCAUUUCAAGUUAACUAAAGAAGUUUUAUGUUACGUUCCAAAGUGUCAAAUUAAUAAAAAUUUAAAUGUUUUUUCCUGAA